GUCAUUGCGGAUUGCGGAAAUGAAUGUCAGCGAGCGACAGUGCGAGAGCCGUCAUAUCUUUUUUGAUACACGCAAUCGCAUUACCUGCGGCGUGUGUAAGAAAAAGAGUAAAUCAGUGUGACAUUUUGUGAGGCCUAGAGUCUCAGACCUAGCCUAGUAGAUUUUUUUGGAAAAAAAAUCGACUUUAAUCUACCAGACUGUUAGAAAAAUUACACCUUAAUUCUAAAUAAAACUAAUUCCGUGUUGUUUGUACGGACCCAGAGAGAGUGAGCUGCAUCAUCAUGGAUAAGGCACACAAGAAGACUCUACAAAAGAAUCGAGUUCAGUUGGUGGAGGAGAUGAAAGCUGAGGAGGUUCUCCCACACCUUGUUGCUCGCCAGAUCUUCAAACCUACGGAGCAAGAAAACUUCGAGGAAAUGAAAGGACCGUCGAGGCGAAACACAGCAAUACUAAACGAUAUAGUUCGUAAAGGACCGAAAGCAUUUCAGGCCCUAGCUGAGUCACUUUUUGAAUCGGACUCUCAACAUUUAGCAGAACUCCUAAUACCAGACAUCACAGAAGAUAAAAUUCAUGACAUAAGCUGGUAUGAUUAUAGCAAUGAAAAGAAAACACCUGACAAACCACCAGUGCAGAUAAGCGUGACGGAAGGGGCCGGGGAUAAAAAGCUGCCAAUUCAAGUCUCAGAGGAUGGUAAUGUACCUUCUACUAAACAUGUACAACCCCAAAGUGGAAUUAAACCAAUGGAGUAUGGAACUUCACAACCUACACAACCAGCCGAAUGGCCAGUAAAGACAGCAGAAGAGGUUUUAAAAAUGAAAGUCUCCAAAGGAAGUUAUUCCAGUGAUAUGACUGAUACUUCACAGAACUAUCAAAUGAAAAGAAAGCCUAGGGGAAAAGCAUUGAUAGUCAACAACCGGAACUUCCGUUCAAUGCCGUUACGGAAAGGAACUGAUGUUGAUGCUUGCCAACUGAAAUCAUUGUUUGAUAAUUUAGGAUUUUCUGUUGAAAGUAUAACAAAUAUGAAAUAUGAUGAUUUCAGUAAGAAAAUCAGUGAGUAUAGCAAAAUGAAUCACUCGCAAUAUGACUGCUUCAUCUUUGCUGUGUUGACGCAUGGUAUCAACGGUGCUCUGUACACUGUGGAUGAGCGUCUGGUUCAGGUUGACGAUAUACUCAAGUGUUUCUCAGGAGAGGGCUGUCCAACUCUCACUGGGAAACCAAAAAUAUUUUUCAUCCAAGCAUGUCGUGGAGAAAUGUUUGAUCAAGGCGUUGAGGCUACAGAUGGUCCGGAUGGUUCGUCUGUUGACCCCUGCUUGCAAUCCUUAAAUAAGGCCGGCGAUGUAGAUAAUGGAAAUGAGCUUGUUGAAAAAAUGCUGAAGGUAGAAAUUGAAGUUGUUGAUGAACCGGAUGCGUGGGGCAAACAACAAUCGAAGUUACCAAGUCACAGCGACAUGUUGGUGGCGUAUGCAACUGUACCAGGUUAUGUGUCAUGGCGCAACUCGGAACGAGGUUCAUGGUUCGUGCAGGCUCUCACAGAAACCAUUAAAGAAUAUGCUUGUGAUGAAGAUUUAUUAUCAAUGAUGACAAUGGUAAACAACAAAGUGGCUCGUGCCUUUGAAUCUUCAUCCGGCCGUAACAAGCAGAUGCCAGCUCCUGUUACCAUGCUCACCAAGAAGCUCUUCUUCUUUCCGGGCUAUUAUGUGUCGUCAUAAUGUGUCACAAUCUCUCUCCCCCCACCCCCCCCCCCCCCCCCUACCC